GAGUAUGAGUACGAACUACGAAGUACUCCAUAGUCCAUACUCCAUUAAAGAAGCAAGAAGCAAGAAGCAAGAAGCAAGAAGCAAGCAAGAAGAGAGAGGGAGAGGUUAGUAUGGGGGUUUGGGAGUGGAUAUACUCAGUGACUAACGCCGUCAAGCAGAAAACCCCUGACGUAACGCCGGUGGCAGAGAUCUGUCGGCAAAGCUACGAUUAUUGUCGAGAUACCACUGUUCAUGUCGCCGGCACCGCCACUGCUAAAGCACGUGAGGUUCACGGCUACUUAUCCGAUGAUCAAGUUCGCGAUAAUCUUGGACGAGUUGCCGUUAACGUCUCCAAAAACAGCGCCCUUUACCUCGCCCGAUCUUAUGGGGUUGGUCCAGUUAUUGAUAUGGUUUCACAGUCAGUGCAAGAAAAAAAGGCCAUUUCAUACGAGGAAAGAACAAAGGAAUUAGAGACUAAAGUAGCCAAACUUGAGAAGGAGUUAAUAGCUGCGCAAUCAGAAAUACAAAGGGGGCGGUCCAGUUAUUGAUAUUUUUUCCCGAUCGGUGCAAGAUAAAAAGGCUGACUCCCAUAAGGGAAGAAUUGAGGAAUUGGAGACUAGAGUAGCUAGCCUUGAGAAGGAGUUGAGCUCUAAAAGAAUAGCUCAACAAUUAAAGAUACAGAGAGUGAUAACCGAGUCGGAAUCCCAAGAUGAAUCCAACUUUAAUGCAAACAUGAAUGAAAAACCAGAGGAUGUGCUGAAAAUCUUUAUGAUGCAGCAAUAUGUGGGUAAAAACCUUUUUGACAAUCUGAUCAUUCCAACCGGUGUUGGAUCUGAGAAGAAGGAGAAGGUUGUCUCAAAUAUACAAGGACACCAAUGUGAAUGAUAAAAUAAGAAAUGGUCAUUUGAUGUGUUAUUUAUUGUGGUGUAGCAUGUGUUGUGUAUACGAAACCCUCUUGUUUUUCAAUGGCAGACGCGUCUGUGUGUAUUUGCCACUCGGUAUUGUGAAAGGAAGCAAAGAAAGAUAUUAAAUCAA